ACCAAGCUUCAAGCACCAAUAAUAAUGGCUUCUUUUUCUUACUUGCAAUGUUUGCUUGUGAUUGUUACGGUGACUACGAUGAUUCCAACUACAACAAAUGCAGCGGCACUCACUCCUAAUUUCUAUGAGAAAGUUUGUCCAAAAGCGUUGCCAGUGAUAAGGAGAGUGGUUCAAAAGGCAAUCAAUCGUGAAAGGCGCAUGGGAGCUUCUUUGCUGCGUUUGCAUUUCCAUGAUUGCUUUGUUAAUGGGUGUGAUGGAUCAAUUCUGCUAGACGACACGAAGAACUUCACCGGAGAGAAGACAGCAAAACCAAACCUUAACUCAAUCAGAGGUUUCGACGUGGUUGAUGAGAUUAAGGCUGCUGUUGAUAAAGCUUGCAAACGACCUGUCGUUUCAUGUGCCGAUAUCUUAGCUGUUGCUGCUCGUGACUCUGUUGCCAUUUUGGGUGGUCCACAAUUUUGGUACAAAGUACUCUUAGGAAGAAGAGACGCAAGAACCGCAAACAUAACCGCCGCAAAUAGCAACCUACCAGCACCAUUCCUAAACUUCACACAAUUGGUUACAAGCUUCAACAACGUUGGACUAAACACCAAGGACCUAGUUGUACUUUCAGGUGGCCACACAAUUGGGUUUGCAAGGUGCACAACGUUCAGGAACAGAAUCUACAACGACACAAACAUUGAAACUAAUUUUGCAACUUCUCUAAGGAGGAAUUGUCCUAGGACUAGUGGUGUUGGGGACAACAAUUUGACACCGUUGGAUCCAACUCCCUCAAGCGUUGAUAAUUUGUACUACAAGGCUUUGUUGGGCAAAAAGGGAAUUUUACAUUCGGAUCAGGAGUUAUAUAAGGGGAAUGGUAGUGAGAGUGAUAAGUUGGUGGAGCUUUAUAGCAAGAACCCUUUUGCGUUUGCUAGAGACUUCAAAAAUUCAAUGAUCAAAAUGGGUAAUAUGAAGUCUCUUACUGGAAACAAUGGUGAGAUUCGGCUCGAUUGCAGAAGGGUUAAUUAAAUUAAUUAAUUAAUUAUUGGAUGAUCUUACUAUUUUGGACAAGAAUAAUAAUAAUAGUAAUAUGAAGGUACCUACACGAUGAAUAAUUAAUUAUGUAAUACUAAGGUUAUUAUCAAGUCAAUAUUCAAGAUUAUUGAUGGAUGGAUUAA